GUGAAAGGGAAGGCGAAGGGGACGGGGGAGGAUAGAGAGAGAAGAAAAGAUAGGACUGAAUUGAAUCGACACACAAACAAUCAAAACACUUAACAAAGUCUUCUCUCUUCCAUUCUCUUCUCUCAAACCCAAACAAAAAACUUUUCUCCUUUCUUCAAACCCUUCAUCCAUGGCGUCGCCUCUCUUUCUCCUCUUUCUCUUCACAAUUUCCUUCUCAAUUCCAUCUCAAGCUCGUCCUUGCAAAUCCCUUUUCCUUUCCUUUUCCCUUCACCGUCACCGAACCCUCGAUUCCCCCCAUCCCUUCUCCCAGAUGGCCAUUAUCGUCGACAUCACCGAAUUCAAAUCUUCCUCCUUUUCCUCUUCUCCCGAUCCCCUUUUCCCCUCCGUCGCCGACCCCACCGACAUCCUCCGCUUCGAUCUCCCUCGUCCUACCCCUGUUUCAGCAUCAACCCAACACUUCCCUUACGAUUUCACCUCUCUCCGUGAUCGCACCAAGGAUAUUCUCAGCGUUGUUGUCGCUUUGCUCUUCGGCGUUGGCUGUGGCGCUCUCACUGCUGCCACUAUGUAUUUGGCUUACUCUUUGUUUGCUGGUCAAUUUGGGCAUCGCUCCUCUGUGUAUGAUGACUUUGGGGAGGAUGAGGAUGAUCUCAGUGAUGAUAACAAGGAGAAUAUUAAGAAGAUGGGUUAUAUCAACAUCCCUGACGACGUUGCCCCCGUUAAAUCAGUGCGUUUGAUGGUUGUCUCACAGGGUUAGACAACGUGCACGGUGUGCUCAGCAGAUAUUUUAACUGGAGGAUCCCUACUUAACUGUUGACUUGUGUUGGACUUCAUCAGCCCUUCCCUUAUAUAUGCUCUCUUUUCAGUUCAACUUUUUUUAAUUAAUUUUUUAAUCUAUUUACAGGGACCUGUAUUUUUAGACCUCUCUAAUGGUUACUUCUUCACAAAAUUAUUAAUUUAAGGUUAAGUAUUCCUCAUGUGAUGGCAUGAUAAAAGUUUCAUUUCA